AUGAUCCUGAGAUUUGCUGAUGAAGCUUUACCUAAUAGUCAUAUUAAUUUGUUUCAUUUUAUAAGAGACGGAAAAAUAGAAGAUAUUAAAAAGAUGAUUGACACAGACCCUGUUACUUGCAAAACAUAUGUUGAUGAUGACCAAAGAACAUUAUUACAUUGUGCUUGUGAAUUACAAAAUUAUUCUUUAGUUGAAAAAGUUCUUCAGAUUUGUGAUAAUAAAAAUCCUGUUGAUGAAAUGUUAUUUACUCCAUUACUUGUUAGUGUUGCAGGUGCUUCAAUGAGCAAUGAAUUAGAUGAGUCUUAUAAAAUUAUUCAAUACCUAAUUGAACAUGGAGCAGAUAUUACAUUAUCAAAUAAAAGAAAAGCUAACGUAUAUCAUUUUGCUUGUAGUAGAGGAAGAAGAGAUUUGGUUGAAUUGUUUUUGGGUAAGUGGAAAGAAGGGGCUUCUGCUCGUGAUAAAUAUGGUAAUACUCCUCUACACCGAGCUGUAGCUAGUGGAAAUAUUGAAUGUACAAAACUAAUUGCAAAGAAGACACAUACAAUUAUUGCUCAAAAUUCUAUGAAAAAGACACCACUGCAUAUCGCUUGUGAAGAACAAAAUAUUCCUAUGAUAAAGGCUGUGAUUGAUCUUGGUGGAGAUGCUGAUAUUGUAGAUGAAGACGGUAAAUUCCCAUUUGAAUUCAUCAGUGAUAGAACAGCAUUUAAAGAGAUUUGUGAAUAUUAUAAAGCGAGCAAAAAACAUUGA